GACCAAGACUUCGGCUUAUCAUUGACACCAGACGACAUGCUUACAGUUGUUGCGACACCUAUGAUGUCGUCAGACUACUACAGACCUUGGAGGCAACUAGCGGCCGCAGCGAGAGACAUCGGCUCCAGUAUCAAAGCCGACAAGGACAAGUUCCAGAUUAACUUGGACGUGCAGCAUUUCGCGCCCGAAGAGAUCUCGGUGAAGACCGCGGACGGGUUCGUGGUGGUGGAAGGCAAGCACGAGGAGAAGAAGGACGAGCACGGGUACAUCUCGCGGCAGUUCGUGCGGCGGUACGCGCUGCCUGAAGGCGCGACGCCGGACGCCGUGGAGUCGCGGCUGUCUUCAGACGGCGUGCUGACCAUCACGGCACCGCUGAAGGUGCCCGAGGCGGUCAAGGGUGAGCGGAAGGUGCCCAUUGCGCAGACAGGACCUGUGCGCAAGGAAAUCAAAGACCAGAGCGAGGGGGAAAAGAAAUAAAAUACUUAAUUAAUGUAUUAUUUUCCUUUAUUUUUAAG